AGGAAAAAAUAAAAAAAUAAAUAAACAAAGCAAUAAAAAAAUAAUCAAAAUUAACUCAACUAUAAAAGUAAUGCUGCGAUUCCCUUGCUCCAAAUUCCGCCACUUAACUUAGUUUGUUUAAGAAAAAAAAAAAAAAAAAAAGGAAAAAAAUAACAAACAGCCACCCACAGCAACCUCUAUGACCUCUAACGUUUCAAUACUGGUUUAAUACAUCCACGCUUGGCCUCUUGUGACUCAUAAACUUUAAUAACACGCACACAAUUCAAAUAAGUCGUAUAUAUAUAUAUAUAUAUGUUAAUAAAAAUCCUAACGCGUCUUUCGGGAGCCUUCAAAUAUUGAUUGAGCAAAAAAAAAAAGACAAAAAAAAAAAUUAAUAAAAACACAGAAAAUGUUUAAAAUUAUUAACAUUAACUGGCUUCUAUUGAAAAUCUACUUUAACUCAUUUUCAUAUUUAACUAAAUCGUUGAUUCUGUGAAAUUCUUUAUAAAACUAUAUAAAAAAGUUUUUCAAUUGAUUGAUAAAAUAUACAAACACAAUAAGAAAACAAAAACAAACAUGAAAACUCGUCUUGUUUCUUUGACAUACCGUGGUUCAGCCUCAGUUGAUCCACGUUAUUCCGCUGCCAUGCUGCCAUGGACUAUAAACGAUAUACGAUCUACUGAAAGCUAUACGAAGCUCUCUGUUGGCAUUGAGAAUGGUAAUCUAGAAUCAUAUAAUUCGGAUUUUGAGCUACAAUUCAGUCAUCCACUUAAGCAUAUUGUUGGUAUGUGUCGUGUUAUACAUAAAUCGAAUAGUGGCAAACAAGUUGGUAAUGGUUUUAUGCAAUUAAAAAGUCACCACCAACAACAACAACAGCAACAACAACAGCAGCAACAACAACAACAACAACACAAUCAUCAAAAUCAUAAUGUUAGCCAGGGGGGCAGCACAUAUAGUAGUGGUCAGUAUUACACAAACACCGGCUCAAAGUCAACAUUGAAAACUUCAAAUUCUUAUGGUUCGUUGUCGGCCAGUGCAGCCGCAGCAGCCAUAAGUGCUGCACAACGUGAACAACAACAACAACAACAACAGCAACAACCGCAGUCAACGGCUAGUAAUAGCAGUGGUAGCGGUGGGGUUGGUGGCGACAAGAGUAACGAGCAAACCAUACCAAAUAAUUUCAUGGAAUUUAAUGGACCCCUAACGGGUUUGGUGUAUUUAAUGAAAGAGCCACGCGACCCUUUACUACAUAUUUAUUUGUUCGAAUGCGAAGCAGUUGAAGAGAUGGCUGAGCUAAUGCAACAAAUGCGUGAUCCUGCCCAUACAUUGGGCGGUUCAGUUGGGAGUAUACCGCAAACUUUGGUAGCAAAUAGUAGCGGUACCGGACCGGAUCUAUCUCUGCAGAAGGCACUUGCCGGCAAUGGUAUACAUACAACGCCAGCCACAAAUUUGAAACUAAGCGAAGCUUUACGCAAUGCUCAACAUGAUGCUAGUCCAAAUUUGGUUUCAUCGAAAAUGAAAUCUUCGAAAUCCUAUACCCAUGGUCUCAGUAAUUCCGCAGGAACGGUACACAUUCCGACUUCUACCUCAGCUCAGAGCAAUCUUUCCCUAUUGGCUGAUAUUUCGCCAAAUCAUACACAUUUUUUUGAGGUUAUGUAUGUAGGGAAAAUACGUGUUUCGCAUAAGCGUGUACCCUAUACUUUCAUAGAUGAUGCUUUACCCAAAUUCAAAGCUUAUGAUGCUCAACGUGCUCGUCUAAUGCAAAUAUCUGCAACUAAUCGUAAAAUGUCAUUAAACAGUGAAGGCGCUUUCGUUGGUACCCCGGGUGCUUUAGAAUUAAAAAAUUCACCUUUGAAAGGUAACGAAGUUAAGGAAGAAGAUGAAGAAGAGGCUGAGGAAUUAUUAACCAAAGAACAAAAUUUGGCGAAUAAGGAUAGCAAUGCAACCGAAAAAGAUGAAUUGGACUCAUCCUCAGGUGUUAAUAAGGCAGCAGCAGAAGCAGAAACAGAAGCGGAAAACAAGGUCUUGUGCAAUAACACGGAGAAUAAAUCACCACCGGCAAAGCUAAUGAGAGGCAUAAGUCAAAUGGAAUUAUCAUUAAAGAGAGAAGUUAACGUUAAAACUGACGACAAAGAGGAAAGUGAAAAAUCUGCGCAUAGCAAUGUUAUUAUUAAUAAACAUCCUUCACCGCCUCGCCAGGAGGGUGAAGAAGGGGAAGAAGAAGAACUACAACAACAACAACAACAACAACAACAAGAAAGAGAGACAAGUGAACAAAAUCAACAAACGUUAGAUAACAUACCACGGCAACGUGAUCGUUCAGCCUCAUAUGGCUGCAUACCGCCAUACGUGGAACAAAAUCGUACUAUGGUUUUUCUGGUGGGACGUUCCGAUUUACGUUUGAUUUCACCUGAUCGCAAGCAAGUGUUACUUUAUAAGGACUUCAAAGAUGUGGCCAGUUGUGCUCAGGGUCAAAAAAAUGCCGAUCAUUUCGGUAUUAUUUGUCGCGAAGCUCACAAUGAAGGUUACAUCGGCUACGUGUUCAAGUGUCAAUCCGAUCAUGUUUGUGAUGAUAUUGUGGCUGCCAUAUCACAAGCUUUUGUCACGUGCGCCGAACAGAAACGGAAAGAGGCUUCACAGAUCUUCUCGUGUGAGCAUUGCCCUAUGUUGUGGUAUCAUAAGCUUUGCACUGAUGUCGAAGGUUUAAGUGAGAAGAAGACGCAAAAUAUGAUCUUUCGUCGCAUAGAGUCCUUAAGCGACGAUGAACAAGAUAUAAUAUGGGCUAAAUUCUACGGCUCGGAAAAGAUGAACUCACCUUUAGCCGAGCAAAAUCAAUUUGUAAUGAUGCUGUUAAGAGCUCAUUGUGAAUCGCGACAACAGAGACAUGUCCACGAUACGUCCGAAAAUAGAACGGAAUUUCUGAAUCAAUAUUUAGGAGGCAGUACGAUAUUCAUGAAAGCCAAGCGUUCCUUGACCAAUUCGUUUGAUCAUUUAUUAAAGCGAAAAGCCUCUAAAGAUGACGUUGGCAAUAAUUCACUAACAGCCCUAACCAUAAAAGAACAAAAUGUCAGGGAAAGUUCCGCUGAACCAUUGAAAAGCAGUGGAACAGAGACACCACCAGAAGGCUUUCGAUCCCGUUCUAAUACUAUCGGUUCUAGUCCAUGUAAGCCGAGCGCUGAUCAACUAAAAAGCCCCAUGAUGGAUAUAUUUCUUAAAGUUGGUAAUAGUCCCAAGGAAACGGAAGCCCAUCAAGGCUCUUGGCGUCAAGCAAUAUUGAAUAGCGUAGUAACUCCUUCAAAAGGUUUAGAAAACACUGAACAAGGCGAGUACUUGUCACCCAUGCGCAUAACACAUCCCCAGAAAGGUAAACGCACCCGUGAGCAAUUACGUGAAUUAUGGAAAACUGCCAUACGUCAAACGAUACUUUUAAAUCGCAUGGAAACCGAAAAUGCCAUGUUGCAAGCGCGCCAAAAUGAAAACGAAUUGAAGCGAAUGAAAUUGGACUACGAUGAAAUCGUAAUUUGCGACAAGCAGUUAAUUGAACGUUGGGAUUCUUAUAUAGAACGUGACGCUCUGAAAGUGGGUAAUAAACGAGAUCCGAAAAUAUUGGCCCAAGCAAUUAAGACGGGCGUACCACGUACGAAACGUGGCGAUGUUUGGCUAUUUUUAGCUGAGCAAUAUACCACGAACUCUGCCCCGCCAAUAGAUACACAUAGAUUUCCCAAUUUCCAUACACCGUACCAAGCUUUAUUGAAAAAUCUCACCGAGCAUCAGCAUGCAAUAUUCAUUGACUUGGGUCGCACAUUUCCCAAUCAUAAAUUCUACAAGGAUCCGUUGGGUUUAGGUCAACUCUCUUUAUUCAAUUUGCUGAAGGCUUAUUCCAUAUUAGAUCCAGAAUUAGGUUAUUGCCAAGGUUUGGGUUUCAUCUGUGGUAUACUAUUACUACAUUGUGACGAAGCUGAAGCUUUUCAUCUGUUAAAACAUUUAAUGUUUCAUCGUCAAAUGCGUUGCAAAUAUUUACCGGAUAUGAAAAAGUUCCAAUUGCAACUUUAUCAAUUGUCACGUUUGGUUAAAGAUCAUUUACCCGAUUUAUAUAUAUGGCUUGAUCAGAACGAUGUCUCACCCACUCUUUAUGCGGCACCCUGGAUUUUAACUGUCUUCAGUUCACAAUUUCCUUUGGGUUUUGUUGCACGUGUAUUUGAUUUAUUAUUCCUCGAAUCUUCGGAGGUCAUCUUUAAAUUCGCUUUAGCUCUGCUAACUGUACACAAAAAUCAAUUAUUAUUACGUGACAAUUUCGAAGAGAUUAUGGAUUAUCUCAAAAGUAUAGUCCCCAAAAUGGAUAGCAAUGCAAUGGAAAAAAUAACAAAAAUGGUCUUUUCUCUGGAUAUUACCAAACAAUUGAUGGAAUAUAACGUAGAAUAUAAUGUACUGCAAGAGGAGAUAACCACAACUAAUCAUCAUUUGGAAAUGUUGAAACAAGAGAAAUCGAAAAAUCAACAUCUUGAACAGCAAUUACAGUUUGCUCAAUCGUCUAUAGCUCAAUUGGAGAAGACGCGGAACUCUCAACAAACGCACAUAACUAAUCUACAAUCUCAAGUACAAAGCCUUGAAUUGACUAUACAAACAUUGGGUCGAUAUGUAACGCAAUUAAGUGAACAAAAUACCGAUCUAGACGUACCUAGCGAAGUGAGGCGUAUUCUACAGCAUUUAGAAGAUUUGGAGAAACAAAAACGCAAACCAUUCUUUACUGAACGUAAAAUUGGUAAAUCGGCAUCGGUGAAUAGUCAUUUGGGGUUUCCACUCAAAGUACUCGAAGAGUUGAACGAAAGAGACGAACAUGGUUCGCCACAAAAGCCCAAGAAGGAGAAGAUACCUUUUUUUGAGCACACAUACGAGCAGUUACGUCAACAACGCUUGGCUCGCUACGAUAAUCAUAGUAGCAAUGGCAAUAAUGAGUUAUCAUCAUCACCUAGCGGCUGUAAUUCACCACAGCAAAGACCUCAAACCUUAUACGAUAGCCGAGCGAUGACAAGCCUUCACGAAAUGCCUGCACGCUUGGACGAUUUAAAAUUACCGGAGCAAGUAGAUCGUUUUAUAGCCAACAUUAAGAGUCCCAUUGAGGUGGACAGUGGUGUCGGUACCCCUCUCAGUCCACCCAGUACCAGUAGUAAUUUCAGUCAAAGCAGCGCUGGCAGUCUAUUCAGUCGUAUGGGCUAUAAGACGACACCAACAAUAUUAUCACCUUUAGCCGCACGCUCACAAAUGAUCGACACGGCUCGGUCUCAACAACUUAACUCGAAUAAUUUGAACGACAUGCCUAAUAAGGCAAAAAGUCCCGAUACGUUAGAACCAAAUGAUCUUAACACGGAACAAGCAUCAAUGCACCCUCUGGGUGUGGUGGGUGAGGUUAACGUAAAAUUCAACGGUACCACUCAGCUGAAAUCUUUAAAACCCAUGCAUCAUUUAAAGGUAACAAUUGCUCCAACAACAACAUCAACAACUGACAGAGAAGAAGAGAUAAAGAAGGCAGAAAAUAUCGAGAGCAAAACUUUGACUUCUAUGACAGUUAUUGCAAUUAAAGAAGAUGAAGAGCAAAGACAACAAGCAGCAAUAAAUACUGAGCAAUGGAGUGGUACAAGCUAACGGUUUUGAUUUUUAGCAAAAUUCUUACGCAAUUUCUAUUAAAGGGCGAUUCUUUUUUUUUUCAACUGCCCUACAAAAGAAAGAAAAACAAAAACAAACGCAUAAAAAUAAGAAAAGAGCUGAGCUUAAAUAUUACUAUGAACUGCUUAAAUUCCGCAAUUCGCACAAACACUAAAGAGAAUCUUAAAAGAGCGAAAAAGCAAAAGAAACAAAAAGCUGCUACGUAUCCCUUUACUCUUCUUAAAGAGAGAACCUUGGCUAUCCACCACCUAAGUAGGCACAGAAAAAGAACAAGCUUUUUUUAAUUUUUUAAUUAUUAAAGUUCUAUAGGCCGGAUUGGUUGAAUGUAAUCUUAUACAAUGACUUUAAGUCUUUCUCGAAAAGUUAAAAAAAAAAACAACUAUAUUUUAGAGUUGCAAUAAGGUGAUUCCUACUUUGAAUAUAUUAACUAUUAAUGUUCAACUUAAAUUGAGAAAAUUAUUCAAACUUUAGAGCUGUUUAACAUGGGCAGGCUUGAGAGAGAGAGAGGGAUUUAAGAGAGAUAGACAGAUAGAGAGAGAGAGAGAGAGAGAAAGAGAGAGAGAGAGAAAGAGAGAGAGAGAGAUAAAAAACAAGAGGGAGAAAGAAAAUG